AUGGAUACUGACGAAACAAAGCAAUGCCCUACUCUAUUAGGUUUACAACGAGCUACAACUGAAUUAUUCACUAAAUUUAUCAAUUCUUCUGAAGUUAAAAGCAACUAUGUAAAAAUCGAAGAGCGUAUUUGUUGGAGAGAAUUUUUACAGAAUUCAUUCGUAAUUGUUGUUCAACCAUCUACUCCAGAAUGUGUUGCAGCUACGAAAUAUGAAAAAUCUGAAUCGACUUAUAAUGUAAAACUCAAUUCACGCAUCAUUUGUUUAUUGGAUGCAGAUAAAAUUCAAGCUCAUUUUACAUUUUCAACUGUUGAUGUUACACUCUAUUCAUUAGAUCGUCAUGAUGGUGAACAAGGUGAAAUACAACCGGUACUUGAAUGGAAAACCAAAACAAUUUUCGAUGCAAAAGGUCAACCGAAAUUAGUUUAUUAUGUUGAACUUCAAUCUAUCAGACUAACUAAACCAAAUUCUCGAAGUGCACGUCCUUUAUACAACUCAAAACUUUGUCGAUUACAAUUCCAAAUGAAGAUUACUAUUAACGAUUUAAAUAUCGAAGAAACGUUAACAUUUCUUUCACGACCAUUUGGAGUUUGUUCGCAUGCUCAAUAUUUUCCUGAAUAUGUUGCUAAAGUACUUAUCUAUGAAAUACAACAGAUACCACAACAUUUUGGUCAUACAAUUCCACCGGAUAUUAUAACUGAUUUUAUCUGUCGAUAUCACACACGUAUUACAGGUGUGGAACCAAAACUUCAUACUAAACGUUAUAUUCUUCAACAAUUACAAGCAAUCUAUGAGUCGCAAAAAGAUACUAUAAAUGUUCCAUCAAAUGACAUCUAUGAAGAAAUCUUAGCUAAGCUAAUAAGUCAAAUCGAAUUUUUUGUCGACCAUCCAUAUCUUUCCAUGAUGUAUGAGGACAGUCUUUUUCUAGGUAUAUGUGAUAAUACAAUUGAUGAAGAAAUAAAUGGUACUUGGGAACAAAUGUAUAUAUUAUUACGUUUCAAUACACUUGAAGAACAGCAAUCAACUCAGCAAGCAUCAGUUCGAUAUAUUGUACAUAAUGUAGGUGAAUUGGUAAAAGCAACUUUUCAUUCAAAAGCAUUCGUUGAUGAUAUGUGUGGAAUGAUUUUUGAAUCAAAAUCAGAAAAAGCUAAAAUAUCUCGAAUUGUAUCCAAUAUACCAAAUCGAAGUUUUUUCGAUUUUAGUUUAUAUUUUGACGACGAAUUAUAUCGUCUAAGUUCAGAUACAUCUCCAAUAAAACAAACUUAUAAACCAUUAAUACCUGUACUUUGGUCUACAAUGAGAUCAAUUCCUGAUAAUCAAUCCAAACAGUUGUCAAGUAAUUCAUCGUCAAAUAAAUAUAAAUUAGCUACAUCACAUGUCUCUUCUCUGGGCGAAAUGCAAACUAGUCUAUCCAAUUUAAGUGUAUUAACUAAGAAUCCUAAUGGCUUGAAUAAGCAAGUAAUCUUAGAAACAGAUAAAUUAAUCAAUUAUUUGGCAGAAAAACUUCCUGAAAUAUCUGUGAAAAUCGAACCCGAUGAAACUCUAUCGAUUUCAUCGAAUGUAACAAAUGAAAAUGUGAAAAAACGAAAACUUAUAUUAUCUAAUUUGAUACAUGAUUAUAUACAAACAAUCUCUCCUGUUUAA